AUGGACGGCUCGGCAGCUCGGCAGUUCAACAGCUCCAGGCUCGGGAGCUUGACCCACUUGACCAGGGCUCGGCGUGCUGUUGCUUGGGGGAUCGUCUGUGUGCGCGUUGGUGGGGUCACAGCCUGGUCCAGCCCCCUCCUGCUGACAACGCAGCCUACGCCCGACGUUUGGUCCACCCAUGCCGUGCCCGUUUGGCUCAACGACUCCAGGCUGGGCAUCGAGGGAACCUGGUUGACCAUGGGGCCUGGGCGUAGCACCUGCCCCAAUGCCAAUACCAGCUGCGUCCUGUAUGAUACACUUGAUGUUUCCCUGGCCAUGAUGCCAGCCACGCGAGGCCAACCCGUCACCGUCGCCCUUCAAAGUUACCACGCCACCUCGGGCGCCCAACGCGUGGCCCUCGCUCUGAUCGCCCACCUACCGGAUGGCACACAAACCAUCCUUGCUUUGGAUGACUCUUGGAAAGCCUGGAAUGCCGAUUCUUACUUUAAUCCAGGACCAUCCAUUGGCCCAACCUAUACCCAACCCCAAGAAAACCUCAUGGCCGCAGCUUUCCCUCUAGGUUGGACCAAGUCAGGGUUUGCCGACGCGCACUGGAAUGCCCCAGUGCUCCAGUCGCCAUGGGCCGAGCCUCCACAGCCGAAAACCACGCCGCCUUUGCUGUUUGAAACUGGAGCACAGGCCCGCGUCUCCCAAAUUGACACAUACACCUGGGCGUUUGACUUUGCCACCGAGAUCAUGGCGGGCUUCCAGGUCCAACUCAAUGCACCUGCCCACAGCGAGUUUAUCGUCCGAUUGGGCGAAGAACUUACCGAUGCCAAAGGGCAUGUACUUGAUCCCAUGCGAACGGGAAAUAACUACACUUUUCUAUGGUCAAUGCCGCCCGACGCGGAAACGGGCUACUUUGAGAUGCACGACUACGUCCUCUUCCGCUAUGGCACCAUCCAAUGCACAUCGUGCACGACGGAGAAGGUGCCGUCACCCAACAUCGAGGCUUGGAGCGUGCGAUACCCCUUUGAUGUCAACGCUACUACUUUUGCUGGGUACACCCACCACUCUGACCCGCCAGGCGUUCUGCUCCAUGUUCACGAUCAGUCAUACCUACGAGUCUCAUGCUGCGUGGACUCCCUCUGUAGACCAGAACCCUUACAGAGCCUUUGGCAACUUGCACACAACACCGUGAUUCGCACUUCCCUCGACACGAUGACCGAUAGCAACACUCGUGAGCGACUGCCAUAUGAAGGCGAUGCGUACAUCACUGCCAUGUUGGCCAACUACUUUACGGACGACUAUCUGCGCCUCUCGGCAGCGGCAGGGCAAACCAACGCUAGCCUAGGGCCAUUGGCUGCCAAUUUACGCCGUGGCUACAAUGCAGCCAUGCUGGACACUUCCACUUGCCUCUAUCGCGAUGGCGUCAAUGUGUCACAUGCGGCUGUGCAUUCAACCUACUUUGCAAUUUGGUUGGGCAUGGCCAAUGGCUCGCAGUGUGAACCAGACGCUGCCGCUCUGUGGAAUCGUACAGGAAUGAUCCCAAGUGUCUACGGAGCUUUGGCCGUUGUGGGGGCACUGGCUGUGCUUUGCAUGUGCGACGCCCGGCUGUAUGACUGCAACAUGGACACCAAUGCAGGCACUUGGCACCGCUGGAAACACGAGCGUGACCCUUCCGACGCUCGCCGGCGCUUUCACGCUCACGGUCGCGCCGGGGCAGGUGAUGGCCCGCAUCCCAGGCGGCACUCGCCUAACCAUGUGUUGUGUCGAUGGAUCGACGUGCGUUGA